AUGAUGCUUGCUACCGCCGUACGCAAUUUAUCCCGUCGGUCAUUCUCGACCUCUAAAGCGGUCUCAGCCCAGCAAUUGACCGUCCGCGAUGCCCUUAACGCAGCGCUUGAUGAAGAAAUGGAACGGGACGAGAAGGUGUUUCUGCUCGGUGAAGAAGUGGCCCAGUAUGAUGGUGCAUACAAGGUUUCCCGAGGACUGUGGAAGAAAUAUGGCGAUAAGCGAGUGAUCGAUACUCCCAUCACGGAAAUGGGUUUCGCCGGUAUCGCAGUAGGUGCGGCAAUGGCUGGACUGCGCCCGGUGUGCGAAUUCAUGACAUUCAACUUUUCGAUGCAGGCCAUCGAUCAGGUUAUCAAUUCAGCCGCAAAAACGUUCUAUAUGUCUGCCGGUACAGUUAACGUCCCUAUAGUGUUUCGGGGUCCCAAUGGAGCUGCAGCAGGUGUUGCAGCACAACAUUCUCAAUGUUUUGGUGCCUGGUAUUCGCAUUGUCCCGGAUUGAAGGUGGUAUCGCCGUAUGAUAGCGAAGAUGCAAAAGGACUGUUGAAGGCAGCCAUCCGCGACCCAGAUCCGGUAGUAGUGUUGGAAAACGAAAUGGUAUACGGAGUUAGUUAUCCCGUGUCGGAUCAAGUUUUAGACAAGAACUUUGUGCUACCUAUCGGCAAGGCAAAGAUUAUGCGCCCUGGUAAGCACAUUACUAUAGUAGCACAUUCAAAGUCCGUCGAAACCGCGCUUCAAGCGGCCAACGAACUGGCGGGUAAAGGAAUCGAAGCAGAAGUCAUCAACCUACGAUCACUUCGUCCAUUGGACUCGGAAACAAUUUUCAAGUCCGUACAAAAGACUCACCAUCUCGUGACGGUGGAGCAGGGAUGGCCUCAGAGCGGAAUUGGUUCAGAAAUUUGUGCACGCAUCAUGGAACACGAGACAUUCUUCCAUCUGGAUGCUCCGAUUUGGCGUGUCACUGGGGUUGAUGUUCCAAUGCCCUACGCUAAGACACUAGAAGCAGCUGCGCUUCCACAAGUACCUGAUGUUGUCACUGCCGUUAAUAAGGUGCUAGGUGUGAAGUAA